AUGAGCUCUAUUCGAGUAGUACUCGGAUUGGUGGCUAGCUUGGAUCUGGAGCUUGAACAACUAGAUGUGAAGACUACAUUUCUUCAUGGAGACCUAGAUGAAGAAAUCUACAUGGAGCAACCAAAAGGAUUUGAGAAGACUGGAAAGGAGCACAUGAUCAUGCGAGACCGAAAAUCCAAGAGAUUAUGGUUAUCGCAAGAACGAUAUGUGAAUCGGAUUCUGGAGAGAUUCAACAUGAAAUCGGCUAAGUCGGUCAAUACACCGUUGGCCAAUCACUUCAAACUCAGCAAACAAAGUUGUCCUACGAGUGAAGAAGAAAAAGAAGCUAUGGCGGGUGUUCCAUACUCCUCGGCAGUCGGGAGUUUGAUGUAUGCCAUGGUGUGUACUAGACCUGAUAUCGCUCACGCGGUUGGAAUUGUUAGCAGGUAUCUUUCCAAUGUUGGAAAGGAUCAUUGGGAAGCUGUGAAGUGGAUCUUGAGGUACCUAAAAGGCAGUAGAAAUAAGUCCUUGAGCUUCGGAAAAGGAAACCCAGUUCUUGAAGGCUAUACAGAUGCGGAUAUAGCAGGUGACCUGGAUAGUAGAAAAUCUACUUCAGGGUUUGUGUUUACAUUUGCAGGGGGAGCUGUAUCUUGGCAAUCUAAAUUGCGGAAAUCUGUUGCCUUGUCGACUACUGAAGUAGAGUAUAUUGCAAUGACAGAAGCAGUGGAAGAACAACAGUUCAAGUUGGAAAAGAUUCACACUGAUGAAAACCCUGCUAACAUGAUGACGAAAGUUGUAACAGGAGGAAAGCUUCAGCUUUGUGCCGAGUUGAUCGGCAUGGAAUACAUGUGA